CCAAUCAGCGAAGUUACUGUACAUCGCCAUUAUCCAAUCAGAAGCUCAGAAGUGAGUAGCGUAGCCCGCCCACAGACAACAGCCAGUAGUCUGGCCGUAACAACUGUCAUUUAGUGAGUGGACAUGAUGGGGAGGACAGAACGAGAGCUUGAAAACAAGAAUUAAACGUCUCAAGAAGUAUCAUAAACAACUUUUAAAGUUACUAUUAUAGUGGUUAGAGCUUACUUCGUCAUGUGUUAGUAUUUUAUAGAGAAGCAGCAACUUUGGCAGUACGUCUUUCUUCCUGCGUUAGGAAUUACAGCCAGUUUCGAAGGAUGUCAGCCCCCAGCAACUCGCUUCAGCAGCCGAGGGUGAGACGCAGCAAUGCGGGCUCCCCCGGCUCCUUCAACAACAACAACAGCAGCAGCUGCCGUUUGCACCCCAUCCGAGCCACCGUGCCCUACCAGCUCCUGCGCGGGGGUCCGAGCAGCCCUACGCGGGGUUCGCAGACCGUCUACGGUGUAACCACGAACAGCCGAGGCUCAAGUCCACCCUCCAGCCCCUCACUCACUUCGGGAAGUGCAAAUGCUAAGCAAAGACUGUCUCCCGAAAAUAAGGACUCCUCGUGUCCCCCCGACUCUCCGGUUUCCAGAGCAGAAAGGUCCAAGUUACAGGUUCGAAGCUCCAGUGCCAUCAGGCGGACUUCUUCACUGGACGCCAUCACAGGGCCGUACCUCACCGGCCAGUGGCCUCGGGACUCCCACGGACCCUACCCCUCCUGUAUGAAAGACAAAGCCACACAGACUCCGGGUCUGUGGAUUGAUGAGGGAGCAGAACAGGGAAGUCCUCACCAGCGGUCAGCCUCCUGGGGCAGCGCAGACCACCUCAAAGAGCAGAUUGCUAAACUGAGACUGCAGUUGCAGCGCAGCAAGCAGGUCACCCGCCAGAGUAAUAACCGGGAGCAGAGCUCUCUGCAGCUGCAGCAGCAGGCGCAGCAUGGCACGGCAUGCCAGUCACAGUAUAAAGGAACUUCAUCAGCCCUGUCAACAAUCCCUGUGCCAAAAUCCCUCAUAUGCAGGGUGCCCAGCAGUGUGGAGGGCAUCAGCCACGAGCUCGAAAAUGUGUUCAUCAGAGAGGACUGGGAGCAGGGGAUACAGGCCAUGGAUGUGGUAGAUGGCCGCCGUGCCCCCUUCCCUCCACAUCCCUACAGGAGCAGUGGGGACACACGUGACACGGACACUCAGGCCCCUUCAAGUAGGGACUCCAGCCCGUCGCCCCGCCCCCGCAGCCCAGACCACGCCCACUCUCCUGAUGGAAGCCCCUGCUCUGCAGAGGAAAUGGACAAAGAUGGUGUGUGCAGUUCUCCUCUCCCCAAAUUUGCUACAUCUCCCAAACCUAACAACAGCUACAUGUUCAAGCGGGAGCCUCCAGAGGGCUGUGAGAAGGUCAAAGUGUUUGAGGAGAUGGUGUCUGGCAAAUCAAAAGGCUUCCCUCUCUUCUCGUGCCCCGACAAAAACAAGGUGAACUUCAUUCCCAGGGGGUCUGCCUUCUGCCCCGUCAAACUCCUCUGCUCCUCCCUCUUCUCCCCCGUCGUUCCCUUGUCCUGCUCCUCCGCCACCCCAGGUCUCCAUGGCAACGACAGCCCAGGGCCUCAGGUGACCCCAACUCUGCCUACCGCACCACUAGCUUCCUUUCCGGCCUCUGCUGACUGGAGCACCGACACUAGCACAGGCACACACACAGACAGCCCCGACACAGAGGCAGGGGCAGAGGGCUUACAGGUUCUCCUCACCAGCUAGUUCUCAGGGAUUUCUUGGUAUGGCUCUAAAACAAAAAAACACAAAAAAAUCCUUGCACUCUAUUAAUAUUAACGUUAGCCAGCAGGGAGUCCAAGGUCGAGAAUGGACAAACACACAGUACGGUAACGGUACCGGCACCCUGCUGCACGGGCUCGCUGGUUCGGUCGUUGUGAGGAGUGUGCUGACCUUGGGCACCGCCUCCUUUCACCCAUCACUAACCUAGACUUCUGCGCUGUGACAAUACACCCUUAACAAAAAUAGCUACGCCUUCCUUUGCAAAAGAAAAAUACUACUGCUGAAACAAUUGUGACACAUGACAUUUCUUCAUAAUGAAAUUACAAAAAAAAGAAAAAAUGUUCAACAAUCAAAACUGCUAUGAAGUAUCGGACCAUUUCUGCUCAUGCUAUCCAGCAAGCUAAUCUUAAGUACAUGUAUGUAAGCUUUUUGACGGGGUGGGUAAUGCACGAUAAUCUGGCAGUCAGAGGACAUUUCCCCACGUUAACUGCCAUGCUUGCACUUAUUAAGACAUGGUUCAGAAUGAUACAGGCCAUGGCCUGUUAGUUUUUAAAGUAUUUGUAGCUCAAUGUCUUAGUGAAAGCAGCAGUCGCUUGAGUGUUCCACUCAACAGGCCUACAGGCCAAGGUCUGCUUUUGUAGUCUGCUCACUAUUAAUUAGCUCAACACAAAAUGCAAAUAUCAGCCAUUUUUCAGCGACCAAAUAACCAAUCACAAAGCACACAACACCCCCAUUGCCUUGUUUUAUUGCCCCACACUACACAGAAUAAUAACUCAGGUCAUGUGGAAUGUACUUGCUUGGACUAUGUUGCCUUUGCCCGGUGUGUAUGACCUUCUGAAGACAUUCCAGUCUUUUCCAGAGAUGUUUUGUGUUUUCACUGGAGAGGGAGAUGAUUAGAGACUGAAUCGACCAAUUGGUGUCACAUCUUGUGACAGAGGACUUUGGAAUUAUCCUGUUCAGGUUAGCGUUUCAGGUGCUACGAAACAUUCCAGAGAUCGCUGUUGCAUAAGUCAACCGUGAGUACUUGGGUAAGCGGAACUAGCUGCAUAAGCUACACCCUCCCAAACUGAGAUGUUGAUAGUUAUGUCAUCUUCCCCUUAGUUAAAUAUGCACCAAAGCAAAUUGAAAAUCCAAGACAGGCAUGUCUUGGAUUUGAGACGCAAGAGGCACUUUUUUUGUGCCAGACGCAGAAUGUUUGUGUGCAUUUUGUUUUGUUUACACACAUUUUAACGACAUUUAAACACUGGUUCAUAGAGUUUUAAACAAACGUGAUAAUCAUUGAAGCCAGCAUAAGCACUUACCUGGAAGUGAAGUGAUAAUCACUAUUUUAUAUUUAAGACCAUUUUAUAAAACAACCAGACCUUAAGAGUGCAAUUGAUUUUAGUUUGAAGUAAAGCUACACUAACAAUGGUUGUGUAACCGUUUGACUCAAGAUACAGAUCCACCCAGAUGUGCCCUUACGUUACCGCACACGUUCUAUCACCAGCCCGUGCUCAACAAUGAUAAAUAGCAUGGCUAUUUCAGACCAGGUAAACUUUAUUGCUGAUAAUAUAGUAAAUGUUUCAUUCCAAAACGUGGGUCUAUUAAGCCCUGCGUACACCAAAACACAAAUAUGACCAGAAUGCAACGCAUCCCACACAACGUUAGUUGAAUUACUCUCCUCUGCUUGCAGCUUGAAGAGUUUCAAUCAUACUAUUUCAGAUUUUAUUCACACGCUCAUUGUGCAGUGCAGUUGAAAUGGUUGCCAUGUUUGGCAAUAAUGAUUCAGUUCUCUCGUGUACAAUGCAUUUUUAUGUAGAUCUUGUGUGUGUUUUUCAAUAAAGAAAAGAGAAAAGUC